AAGAAAAAAAUGUCGUAAUUUUGUCUAUAUUUCUUUUUUUUUUCACAAUUCAUUCUUAAUUCUUAUAUCUAUUCAUAUUUAUAUAUUUGAUUUAAUUUUAUUUUAUUUUACAUUAAAAAUUGGUUAUAUACUUUUUGAUUGAGAAUAACUUAUAAAAGUGUUUACUUGCUCUCUAAGUUAACUCCAAAGAUUAGUCUCUAAAAAAUGUAUCUAUCUUAUGAUUUCUCAGAAUGAUUUUUAAUAGGUAAUAUAAUAAAAUUACAAUUCUUAAAACAAUAUAUUAGCCACAGAUUGGCUGCGGAUUUAUCAACAUUAACAAUAGUACUGUUAUUAACUUCUGUGUUCUAGCCAUGUCUAUAUAUAUUGUUUUACUUAGCAUUUUUAUGAUAAUAUCCAUUGAAAGUCAUACACUGUAUUCAGUUGAAGAAACCUAUAAAAAAGGAAUACAAGCUUACAAAAAGGAACAUUGGACAGAAUGUUCACAAUGGCUUGAAGAAUCCUUGCAUUUGUAUAAACUUUACAAAUCGAUAACUAUCAACUGUAGACUAUCAUGCAAAACUAAAUAUUACAAUUAUAAACCUUUUUCAAAUGGUCCAAAUGAAGAUUUAAAAACAUAUGAGGUACUUUUCAAUAGACGAAAUUGUUUACAUUUGUGUCAAGAAAAAAGAUUUAGAAAUAAUCAUUUAAACAAUGAUAUUUCUGAUACCACGUUAUACCACAUGCAGAAUAGAAUACCAUAUGAGUACUUACACUUAUGUUAUUAUCAAACUCACAAUUUACAAAGAGCUGCAUCAGCGGCUGUUACCUUUUUAACUUUACAUCCUAAUGAUAUUGAAAUGAGACAAAAUUUGGAGAAGUAUCUAAAUAAACCAGAUGUUAAAGAAGAAGAAGUAGUUGAUUUAGAAAAAGAAACUUUUCUUGUGUUAUUUGACAAAGCUUUAGAAUUUUAUAGGAAAAACAUCUGGAAUAAGACUGUUAACAAUUUGGAAGAGGCCAUAAUAAACUAUAUGAUUUGGGAAGAAAACUGUAGACUGGAAUGUGAACACCAACCAACACAUGAGUGGUCCUCAGAAUUUAUUGAAAUUAUAUCUAAUUAUGUAGCAUCUUACUUACAGUGCCAGCAAAAUUGCCAAGAUAAACUAAAGUCAAUAGAAUAUGAUUCAGGUGUUCAUUUCUUGGCAGAGAUACUCAACUAUUUACAAAUAAGUUAUUAUCAUUUAAAUGAUUUUGAAAAAGCUGCUAAAUCGACUGCUACAUAUUUAGCCUUAAUUCCUGAUGACGAUGAUAUGCUGCACAAUAAGGAAAUAUAUACCUCAUUAGUAAAUACAGAUGCUUUUAUUGAAAAUAGUGAUGUAAUUAAUUACUUAAAACGUGAUAAUCAUGAAAAAGAACUUCUUAAAUUGUUCUAUCAAGGAAAUAAUCACAAUGAUGACAUUUCACAAACUAGACUCCAAUAAUUUACUUGGUGCAUUGAUAAUUGUACAUAACAAAGCUACAGUAUAAAUUGUAGCAAUUUUAUUCUAGUUUAACGUGUUAACUCCUAGAUCACAUUAAUCAUCCAAUCUUCCUGUGCCAUCAUACAAAUUUUUACUUAAUCUAUUGGAUAUGUUCACAUUAUGAAUUACUUAUAUGUUGUAUAUAUUACAUGAACACUUUUGACCCUCAAAUCAAAAGUAUUGAAAAUGGGCAUUGGUAGUUGAUUAAUUGCAUUUUCAUUUGAAAAUAUUAUAUAAAAAUAGAAUAUUAAAAUUAAGACCCAUCAGAGAUUCGCAGUUAGUAUCUUUAAUAUAAUAAUAGUGCCGAGCCCCAUUGGUGAUGAGACUCAAUUUGUAUCAUUGAUAAUUUCUAAUAUCAUGCCUAACUUAAAUUGCAAAUACCUAUUGUAUUUAUUUAUACUUCAUAACAAAUACAAUUCUACUCGACUGCUACUGUAUUUUAAAACAAAAUAGUAUUUCAGGAUUGUACUAGUAGUACAAUAUUGUAUUUGGUAAUAUUGUUCUCAACAAACAAAUAGGUAACCUAGUCUAUUGUAACUAAGUGCCAUAUUAUUUUAUAAGAAUUAAUUUAACCUUAUUAUACAUUUUAUAUUAUUUGUAUCUUUUUACCUACUUAAAAUUACCUGAAAAAUACUGCAAUCAUUACCUAUUAAAUAUCAUAAAAUUACAUACCCAAUAUUUUAUAAUAAUAUUUUUACUGAAAACUGUUGGUUAGGCAUUAGAAAGUAACAAAUUAUUGCAUGUUAGCUAAGCAAUAAUUGCAGUGUUACUAUUUAUUCUAAAGCUAUGCUAUGAUUGUCAGGUACAUGUAACUAAACAUACUAUAAUGUACUAGUAACCCAUUUACAAAUUCCCAGUAAACACUUAAGUAAUUGUAGUCUUUUUAAGUUUAAGUGCCAUAUUUUAUACCUGUUACUAGAAUUAAGUAUUAUAACUAUUGUUUACAUAUUAAUGUAUUAAUAUAUUUUAAUUUUAUAUAAUGAACUAUUUUAAUUCUGGGUGAAUACUAUUGAUUUAUGAAUAAAUCAAUUAUAAAUACA